AGAGACACGGCAGCAUGGCCGGCCAUUGAGCUCCUGCAGGUUGCGCAGGUCGGGCCCACCCCCGCACCCAUCCGGCGUCGAGGGAAGCUGUACGCUCGCACCCUCGAACUCGUGCGCCCCAAAAAGCCAGCGUUCGAGCCCCCGGGAUCGCUCCGCGCCCCCCCUGUCCUCAUUUGUUCCGGGCCUGACUCGCCCCGGGCGUGGUCCCCGCGCCGCCGCCCGCCUCGCCGCUCGUUCGUAACCCGCGGCCGCGACCCGCGGGCACGUGCGACGUCGCCAUGUCGUCGAUGAUGCAGUCCGACGGCGCGGGCGACAUGGACAUGGACGAGCUCUUCGACCGGCACCUCGAGCAGAACGAGGGCGAGGGCGUCGACGGCUUCGAGGAGGACGACCUCGCGCCGUCCGACGGCGGCCACGGCGGGCCCUACCGCGGGGGCGCGCCCUUCGACGAGCUCGACGAGGACGGCGACGACGACGCGUCGAUGGAGGACCUCGAGGAGUACAGCAACGCCGAGUACAUCCCCGGGUCGUCGUUCCAGCCCCACUCGUCGACCUUCGGCGCGUCCUGCAGCUCCGGGCGGCCGUCGCCGGGCGCGUCCGCGGCCGGCGGCUCGCCGGGCGGCGGCGGCGGCGCGCCGCUCGGCGGCGGCCUCGGCGGCGCGCCGGACCCGUUCGGGGGCGUCGCGCCCGGCGGCGGCGCCUCCGGGCCCUGGGAGCCCGGCGGCGCGCCCCCGGGCCUCGGCCGGGGCGCGCUCCACGUCGACGAGAUGCAGCACAAGGGCCUCAAGCGCGCCGCGAGCUCGGAGCUGCCGCCGGGGAGCCUCCCCGCGUCGUCGCUCGGGCGGAGCGGCGAUUCGGGCGACAGCGGCGGCUUCCGCGCGCCCUGCGUCUCCGACUUCAAGACCAUCCGCGUCAUCGGCAAGGGGUCCUUCGGCAAGGUCUUCCUCGUGCGCCACGUCCGCGCGGGCACGAUCUUCGCGAUGAAGGUGCUCAAGAAGGAGAACAUCGUCAAGCGCAACCAGGUGGAGCACACGAAGACGGAGCGGAGCGUGCUCGCCUACGUGCGCCACCCCUUCGUCGUCGGGCUCCACUCCGCGUUCCAGACGGCGGAGAAGCUCUUCUUCGUGCUCGACUACUGCGCGGGCGGCGAGCUCUUCUGCCACCUCCAGAAGCUCGGCAAGUUCGCGGAGCCCCGCGCGCGCUUCUACACGGCGGAGCUCGUCCUCGCCCUCGCCCACGUCCACGCGCUCGGCGUCGUCUACCGCGACCUCAAGCCGGAGAACGUGCUCCUCGACGCGCGCGGCCACGUGCGCCUCACGGACUUUGGGCUCUCCAAGGAGGGCGUCACGGCCCACGCCAAGGGCGCCCACUCCUUCUGCGGCACGCCCGAGUACCUCGCGCCGGAGAUCCUCGCGCGCCGCGGCCACGGCCGCGCCGUCGACUGGUGGAGUUUGGGCGCGCUCCUCUACGAGAUGCUCACGGGCCUGCCGCCCUUCUACAGCCGGGACCGCGAGAAGCUCUUCGAGGGCAUCAAGAGCGGCGACCUGAGCUACCCGGCCUACCUCAGCGGCGACGCGCGCGGCCUCCUCGCCGCGCUCCUCCACCGCGACCCCGCGGAGCGCCUCGGCUCGGGGCCGGGCGACGCCGACGAGAUCAAGGCGCACGCCUUCUUCGCCCGCGUCGACUGGGACGCGCUCCUCGACGGCGCCGUCGCGCCGCCCUGGCAGCCCCAGGUCGUCGGCAGCCUCGACACGUCCCAGUUCGACCGCGAGUUCACGAGCCUCCCCAUCCACUCGCCGCCGAGCCGCACGGCCGCCGCGCGCUACGACGGCGGCUCCGACGACCAGACCUUCGCGGGCUUCACCUACGCGCCCCGCCGCCAGCUCCACCCCUCCGCGCGCGGCCCCGGCAAGCAGUCCAAGCGCUGAGGGCCGCGCGCCGAGGCCCGCGCGCCGCCGCCCGCCGGCCCCGCGCGCCGACGCCCUUCUUCCUCGUCCGCCCCGCGACGCAGCCCCUCUUCGUAACAUAUCCCGCCGGC